AUGGACUGGAUAUUGUAUUAUUAUGUAAUCUUGGAUUAUGCUCACAAAUUGAUUAUUUUCCCCGAACCAGGAGUCGUUCGAUACCUAGCUGCUAACAAACUUAAAGUGUCGCUUAAAGAAGGGACUCAAGAGUUUCUGCCAUUAGCUAACAUGGAGGGAAAGAUAAAUGUGAGCAUAGAAGAUGUGGUGCUUGCCAAGGAGUACGCAUACAUAUUUCCAAUAGAAAUUCUAGGAUUACCACCAGAAGAACAUGGAGAGCAUUUGCAUCAUGUUCUUGAAGUUUUACGCGAGAAACAAUUGUAUGCUAAUAUGUCGAAGUGUGAGUUUUGGCAAGAAGAAGUGAACUUCUUAGGACAUGUGAUAACCAAGGAAGGAAUCACUGUGGAUCCGACAAAGAUUGAGACAAUUCUAGCUUGGAGACAACCUCAAACUAUCACUGACAUACAAAGUUUCGUUGGAUUGGCAGGAUGCUACAUGAGAUUUAUUGAAGGUUUUGCUAAGAUUGUAGCUCCAUUGACACAACUCACUAGAAAGGAUCAAUCGUUUGCAUGGACAGAAAAGUGUGAGGAAAUUAUUUCAGUUACUUAA